AUGGCUACCCCUAGCGUUCUCGUCUUUGAUGCUGAGGGUAGGGCUGUUGACUUUGAGGUCUGGGUCGAUGAUCUACAGCUUUUCCUACAGUGCGAUAGGAAGGACGGUCUCUUAGUGUUCGAUCUCACGUCUGGCGCCUCUACUGCCCCUGCUGCCGAUGCUGACAGCACUAUUCGCUCACAGUGGGCCACACGCGAUGCUGCUGCCCGUCUUGCUGUGCGUAGUCACUUCCCGUCCUCUGAGCGCGCGCACUUCAGUCAGUACAAGAGUGCUAGGACCUUGGACCACUUCCUCUCUGUUUGCCCCACCACACUCACCGUUGACCUCCUCGAGGAGCGCCUCAUGGCAGCUGAGAAGAGUAUAGUCGCUGUAGGAGCCUCUUGUGGUGGCCAUCGUGCCCCCUUCUUUGAGGGGUGCUCCCUCUCCCCCCUUUUGCCCUCUGUUGCCUCUGCUGCUGCCGUCGACUUCGUUGGCACCGAGCCGGUCGGCGCUGCGUCUGCCCCUAGCGGGAGACGCCGCACCGGCAAGGGCAAGGGCACUAGAGGGGCUGGCGUGGGCGUUGGAGGUGGCGGUGGAGGCGGCGGAGGGAGUGGGGGUGGCGGUGGGAGUGGUGGCGGGGGUGGGGGCUUCGGUGGUGACGGUGGAGGCGGAGGCGGUGGCGGUGGGAGCGGAGGAGGAGGCGAUGGCGGCGGUGGCGGAGGUGGCGGCGGCAGAGGUGGAGCUGGUCGGGGUGGCUCUGCGCAGCGGAGCAGCUUCGGUGGUGGUCAGCGCCAGCAGCAGCAGCGCACCCAUGAGACCCCUCCCCCCCAGCAGCUUCUUGAGUGGUCGGGGGUUGCUAUCUUUGAUCUGGAUUAUGAUGCCAUUCUUGCUGCCAUGUAUGUUAUGUCUACUAGUGAUGAGGGUGACUGUUACCUGUGUGUUCUGCCUGACCCGGGCAUUGAGGCUGCUGGUCUAGGUGCUGGUGAGACAACUGCUCUAGGUGCUAGAGCGUCAGCUGCCCCAGGUACUGGUGCGUCUGCUCUCUCAGGUACCACGUCGGCUCAGGCCUUACACACCUUCACCCUUGACUCAGGUGCUUCCCGCUCCUUCUUUCGAGACCGCACCACGCUUACGCCGCUUAGUCGGCCAGUUGCGGUCUCCCUGGCGGACCCCUCUGGGGGUCCUGUCCUUGGCCACUUCUCCACUGUCUUACCGUGUCCGGCGGCCCCCUCUGGCACCCUGUCAGGUCUCUACCUCCCCUCGUUCUCUACGAACUUGGUGAGUGGUGCUGAUCUACAGGAUGGGGGGGUUGACCAGUUCACUCCUGCGAGUCAGCGGGUGACCCACUGUACGUGUGCUCGGACGGGCGGACACUUGGCCACGUUUACCCGUCAGCCGGGGUCAAGCCUGUACACACUGACUACUGAGUCUCCUCCGGUUGCUGAGUCUGGUCAGGUAGCUGCGUUGAGUCAGACUCUCCUCUGGCACCACCGCCUUGGUCACCCCUCUCUGCCUUGUCUCCGAGGCAUGGCCUCCCGUGUCCUUGUCUCUGGUCUCCCUUGGUCCUUCCCUCCCCUCCCUCCGGGGCCUGCCCCUACCUGCGUUCCCUGCGUCGAGGGGCGGCAGCGCGCCGCCCCUCACUCCUCCGAGUUUCCUUCGACAGAGGCUCUGCUGCAGACUCUUCACAUGGAGGUGUGGGGCCCCGCCCGCGUCCGUGGCCAGGGUCACAAGCGUUACUUCCUGUUGGUGGUUGACGGCUACUCGCGUUACACCACGCUGUUCCCCUUGUGCAGCAAGGGUGACGUCAUUGAGGUGUUGAUUGACUGGAUCUGCGCAGCUCGUCUCCAGCAUAGAGAGAGUUUCGGCUCGGACUUUCCUGUUCUGCUUCUGCACUCUGACAGAGGCGGGGAGUUUUCCUCAGGCCUUCUGGGAGCCUUCUCUCGUGCACAGGGCAUCUGCCAGACGUUCACGCUUCCGGCCUCUCCACAGCAAAAUGGGAUUGCUGAGCGCCACAUUGGCAUGGUCAUGGACGUCGCUCGUACGUCCAUGAUCCAUGCGGCUGCUCCCCAUUUUCUGUGGCCGUUUGCGGUUCGGUACGCAGCGCAUGAGAUCAACCUUCAGCCCUGGCUGUCCCCCCGUGCUGUUCCCUGCGUCUUCCUUGGCUUCCCCCUUGACGUGCCUGCUUGGCAGUUUUACCACCCCACCUCACGCUGUGUUCUGUCCUCUCAGGACGUCACCUUUGACGAGUCGGUUCCUUACUACCGUCUCUUCCCCUACCGCACUGCGCCCCUCCCCCCACCGCCGCUCUUCCUUGUGUCAGCUGUUGACUCUGGUGCUGCUAGGGGUGCUGAGCCUGGGGGUGCUGAGGCUGGGGGUGCUGAGCCUGGGGGUGCGGAGCCUGGGGCUGCGGAGCCGAGGGGUGCUGAGCCUGGGGGUGCGGAGCCUGGGGGUGCUGGGUCUGGGGGUCCUUUGGGUGCUUCGUCUCGGCAGGAGCUACCCUCUCCACAGGAGCUGUGCGACUGGUUUGCCCGGCGCUGGAGCCGUGCUGCUGGAGCUGGAGGUGCUACUAUUGCUGCUGACCCUGGGGUCGGCGCUGGAGGUACUGGAGCCACUGGUCCUGGAGGUGCUCGUACUGGCGGUACUAGAGCUGUUGGGACUGGGGGUGCUGCUGGGGCUGCUGGAGUUGGUCCUACUGGAGGUGCUGCGGGUGCUGCUAGAGGUACUGGAGCUGCUAGGGGUGUUGGCGCUGGAGGUGCUGCUGGCGCUGGUACUUCUGAGGGUGCUGGAGUUGGCGCUGCUGGAGCUAGAGGUACUGCUGGCGCUGGUGCUGCCGCUUGGGGUACUGGUGUUGUCCCUGCUGUUUCAAGAGGCGCUGAGCCGCCGCGGCCGUACUUCGUUCCGCUCCUUGAGUAG